CUCAAUCUUCCAAUGGAAACUGUUUGGUUGAUGUAUUACCUAUUAUCCCCCAUUAUCCUAAUAGCCCUGUAUAGCAUAUCCCUACACAUCCUAAACAAGCUAAAAAACCUACCUCCAACCCCGUUCCCGGCCCUCCCUUUCAUCGGCCACAUCUACCUCCUCCACAGGCCUUUCCACAGGAGCCUCUCCCAAGUGUCGAGACGCUACGGCCCUGCUCUCUUCCUCCGUCUGGGCUCUCGGCCCGUUCUCCUCAUCUCAUCGCCAUCUCUAGCUGAGGAAUGCCUCAGCAAGAAUAAUGACGUCAUCUUCGCCAACCGGCCCGAUCUCCUCAACGGCAGAUACUUCGGCUACGACUACACCAGCCUCUCGUGGUCGUCUUACGGCGAUCACUGGAGAAAUCUAAGGAGGAUUUCCUCUCUAGAGCUGCUGUCAUCACAACGACUGCACACGCUUUCGCAUAUCCGGGCCGACGAGGCCUUCAGCCUGGCCCGAAAGCUCUAUCACUUGACCAAGGAUGAGCCCGAGAAGGUUGUGGAAGUGAAAUCGGCUCUUUUUGAGUUCACUUUCAAUGUGCUGACGAGGAUGAUCACGGGCAAGAGAUAUUAUGGCAAGAGCGCGGAGAAUUCGAGGGAAGCGAAGGUGCUGGAGGAGAUAGCGGCGGCGACGUCGGAGGUAGCGUUUGAGACGAAUGUGGUGGAUUUCCUGCCGUUGAUGAGGUGGUUUGGGUUCGGAGGGGUGGAGAAGAAGCUGAUGUCGAUACACGACAAGAGAGACGAGUUUAUGCAGCGUGUCAUUAAUGAUAAUCGGAAACUCAUGGAGAUGAAUAUUGAUAUUGAUGUGAAGAAGAAGUCCAUGGUGCAAGUGUUGCUCGAUUUCCAGAGGUCAGACCCUCACUAUUACACCGACCUAACCAUCAAGAGUCUCCUUCUGGAUAUCAAGACGGGGACGAUAGUUGGGCGUGGCACUGAGCGCGACGGACUGUACUAUGUGGAUGAGAUAGCCCAACAGAGUGUUGCAAUGCUGACUCACGGACCGACGGACAGGCAUGCUUGGCUUUGGCAUCGUCGGUUAGGACACUCAUCCAUAGGAUAUCUACGCAUGCUUUUUCCUAAGUUAGUAACCUCUAUGAAUUCCUUUCGUUGUGAAACUUGUUUACUAGCCAAAAGUCACAGACAUACCUUUAAGUUGAAUAAUACGAGAAUGAAAACUCCUUUUGCUUUAAUACAUUCUGAUGUUUGGGGCCCCGCUCCUGUUAUUGGGGGACAAGGUUUUCGAUAUUUCGUACUAUUUAUUGAUGACUAUUCUCGCAUGACUUGGAUUUAUUUUAUGAAACAUAAGUCCGAAGUGUUUGACAAAUUCACAGAAUUCUUUAGCCUGAUCCAAACCCAAUAUCACCAAACAAUCCAAACCCUUAGGUCCGACAACGGGGGGGGAGUUUGUCAAUGCAAAAAUGCAAAACUUUUUCAGGGAAAAGGGAUUAGUUCACCAAACAUCAUGUGCCUACACUCCCGAACAAAAUGGAGUUGCCGAAAGGAAAAAUCGAUAUAUCCUAGAAAUCACCCGAGCCCUACUACUUGAAUCCAAAAUACCCAAGUCUUUUUGGCCUGAAGCUGUAGCUACUUCAGUUUACCUGAUGAACCGCUUACCCACCGGGAUCCUAAACUUCAAAACUCCCCUCGACAUUUUUUCCCAACACUUUGAGCUUCCAUCAUCCUUGUCUUUAGAACCUAGGGUAUUCGGAUGUACUGUCUUCGUUUAUAUCCCUAAACACGAACGUACCAAAUUUUCCCCCUGUGCCCUAAAAUGUGUGUUUCUAGGGUAUGGAAAAAAUCAGAAAGGGUAUAGGUGCUAUGACCCAGCCACCCGCCAGAUACACACCACCUUGAAUUGUGAUUUUGUGGAAGGAGAAUUUUUUUACAGCCAAUCUAGUAGUCAGGGGGAGACACCAACUUCAGAUGAACAUCAGAAUAGUGACCUACUAAAUUGGCUGCCUACACCCAUACCAAACAUUGUUCCUAGGGAAAACCACUCUAGGGGAGAGUCAUCGCCAAGUCCGGUCACAUAUGUUGGUCCAACAGAUGAGGUUAACAGCACCGCCGGGCCGUCAAAUCCAGUAGUACAGAACGAAGUGCAAAGUGACAUUGACCAGAGAUUACCCCGGCUUUGAAUCCUGAGGUACAAAAUUCCAAUAUUGAUGAUAGUAUUUCUCCAGAAAGUACUAAUGUGGAUAUGAACAGAGGUGAUGGAGGAAUGGAACAUUCAUAUGAGCUACCUCCAAGAAGUACAAGAGGAGUCCCACCUCGGAGGUACUCACCAGAAUGGAAAGGAAGAAAGGGCAGAUAUUCUAUGGUGAAUACCGCACAAGGACAAUUAUCAGAAAUGGCUCGAGCAUUCGAAGCCGCCCUGUACGAAGAAGAAGAAAUUCCUCAAUCAUUUGAGGAGGCAUCAAGACACAAACACUGGAGAGAAGCCAUGAAGAAAGAAAUAGAUGCACUCAUCAAAAAUGAAACGUGGGAGAAGUGCAUGUUACCUAAUGGGAAGAAGCCUGUUGGAUGUAGAUGGAUUUUCACCAUCAAAAGAAGAGCAGAUGGUUCAAUCGAGAGAUAUAAGGCGAGGCUUGUGGCGAAAGGAUACACACAAGUGUAUGGGAUAGACUAUGAAGAAACCUUCUCCCCGGUUGCCAAACUUAACACGGUCCGAGCUUUAUUGUCUGUAGCAGCAUGCAAAGAUUGGCCCCUACACCAGUUCGACGUCACCAAUGCCUUUCUUCAUGGGGAAUUAGAAGAAAAUAAGGAAGUAUAUAUGGAAGUGCCGCCGGGUUGUGCGGCAGAUUUCGGAACAGGACAAGUGUGUCGGUUAAGGAAAACAUUGUAUGGACUAAAGCAGUCCCCAAGAGUAUGGUUUGGAAGAUUUUGCCAGGCUAUGGCCAAACAAGGGUUCAAACAGAGUCAGUCGGACCACACACUCUUCACAAAGAAGAGGGGAGACAAGAUUACCUGUCUAAUUAUCUACGUAGACGACAUGAUCAUUACAGGGGAUGAUAGUGAGGAAAUCCAAAUCCUGCGAGAGAAUCUAUUCAAAGAAUUUGAAAUGAAAGAUCUUGGAGCAUUGAAAUACUUUCUUGGAAUUGAAGUGUUGAGAUCGAGGCACGGAAUAUUCCUAAGGCAAAAGAAGUACGUCCUUGAUUUAUUGGCAGAGACAGGCCUAUUGGAGUGCAAGCCGGCAGAAACUCUCAUGCUUCCAAACCACGGCUUGAAGAUAGAAGAAGGAGCGGUACUUGCAGAUCGCGAACGGUAUCAGAGAUUAGUAGGGAAGCUUAUCUAUUUAUCCCACACUCGGCCAGAUAUUACUUAUGCAGUCGGCAUAGUUAGUCAGUUCAUGCACCGACCGCAAGCUGACCACAUGGAAGCCGCCUUGAGGAUUGUUCGAUACCUAAAAGGAACGGUAGGAUAUGGAGUGUUCUUAGCAAAGAGAGAAACUCUAGAAAUCGACGGAUACACCGAUGCAGAUUGGGCAAGUAACCCCGUCGAUAGAAAGUCUACAGGAGGCUACUUCACCUUUGUUGGAGGCAAUCUUGUCACUUGGAGAAGUAAGAAACAAAAAGUGGUGGCCUUAUCUAGUGCAGAAGCUGAGUUCAGAGGAAUCAAAAGUGGACUUACGGAAAUCAUGUGGUUAAGGAGGUUGUUAACAGAAAUUGGCUACCCACCUACGAGGAAAAGUCAAUUAUUUUGCGACAACAAAGCAGCAAUCAGCAUCUCAGAAAAUCCGGUGCAACAUGACCGAACUAAGUAUGUGGAAGUGGACCGUCACUUCAUUAAAGAAAAUCUCGAGGCAGGUACCAUUGAAUUCCCGUUUGUACGAUCAGAAGAACAGUUGGCAGACAUCUUAACCAAGGCAGUUCAUCCGAAAGCUUUCAAGGAGAUUUUGGGCAAGUUGAGUAUUCGAGAUACCGUUUCUCAACUUGAGGGGGAGUGUCAAACCAUAUCAAAUGGGAUAUUCCCACAAAGAGAUAAGAUUGCACAAAAUCAGUGAUAGACUAGGAUUGAUUACAUUGUAUUAAUUCCUAGAAUAGAUUGAUUACA